CGGCAUACGUUUCACUAUUUAUGUUCAAUAGAGUUUGUAUAGUCGUUUGAAUAUAAGCGGGCACUUACAUUUCUCAUUUCUUCGUAUGAUACCCCAGCGAGUACAAGUGUUGUCGCUUUUUCGCACAGGUCCUUUUUUUGAUUCGGUGUUGCAAUGCAAUGCCCAAUGAUAAGCCAGAAUUGUAUACUUGUAUUGCACUGUUCAUAUUGCUCAUUCAAUACACUUCUUUUAUCAAAUCUCAUCAAUCACUUCAAGACUGCCCACUCAAGUGCAAACUGUUUGUUUAGUUUGUAUCAGUGUCGUCAUUGUCAAUUAAUAUCAACAUCUUGUCCCGUUCUUACGGAACAUUCUUUAAUCAAUCAUAUAGAAAAGGAGGUGUCUAUUCAGUGUAUAUAUCAGAAUCAUUCAGGAAAUCCAAUCUUUACUGGGGAAGCAAUGUACGAAUGCUUGCUUUGUUCAUUCAAAGCUAAAGAAGUUAAAAAUUUAACCUUACAUUAUUUCGCUUUUCAUGGUAUCAAAAAUGCCAGUCCAAAUUUGACCAAGCAUUUAACUUACGAUUAUUCAUCAGGAUUAAAUUACAAUUUCCAUGAUGCAAAAUCGUUGUUUAUGGGUGAUAAACGAAAUGCAUUUGUCGAUCUUAAUCAAGAUGAUGGCGAAAUGAGUUCUCAUUCAGUUGGAACAGAAAGUGGUCGAUUUUCCAGGGGAUCUCAUCUUAGUUCAUCCCAAGUCAACCGAAGUUUAAUGCCAUAUAAAUGUACACACUGCGGCAACGCUUAUCACAAACGAAAGUAUUUUGCUGAACAUGUUUUCUCCUGUUCCAAAUCUUUGCAAUUAACUUGCCCAUGUGGCCGUGUUUGUAAAUGGAGAUCGAAUUUCUAUGCACAUAGAAAAUCAUGCGCCGUUUAUAAACAACUUGUAACUGGAGGCAGUCAUCUCUCUGUCUUUCGUCGUCGAGGUUUGACUUUGUCUAAAUCAAGUAUUAAUGAUGAUUCUGAAAGUAUUACUAAAGAAUCAGUUAGUUCUAGCGAACAUCUGCUUGAUAUGUCAACUAAUCCCAAAGAUGCUUCUACUGUAAAUCUAAUUGGUGGAAAUGAUUUAACUUCCUUAGUUUCUUCAUCUUCUACACCCGAAGUUACUCCCCAGUCUAAUUCAGACUCUAGCAUUGAUGUAUUUGGAAAUCAUUCUGAUUCCCUUCAAACCUCUCUCACCUACAUAACUCCAGUUUCAUCACUAGCCACAUCUGUCCCGACUUUCGUUUCCAAUGAAAAUAUUGAAACAAAUAAUCUAAAUCAUGUAUCUAGUAAUUCGAUGGUCACAUCUGCCUCUAUAAUUCAUGCAUUAAGUCAAACUUCUAAUUUGUCCGUAUUAGUUGACACACGUUGCCCUGUCAGUAAUUAUCCUUCAAAUCAGAUAAAUGAAUGCACCGCCACUAAUGCAGAAGGUGGAUUUAUCCAAUGUGUAUCAUCAAAAGGUGAACCACUUAUCAUGUUUCCUGAUUAUAAACACGUAACAUUUCUUCACGUAGACAUUCAGCUGCUAACGCCAAAUUUCUUGACUACGUAAAAUAAAUAAAUAAACAAUGAACAACUAUUAUUCACUGUAACAAUUUAUAUGGUAACUUGUAAUUUAGUGAUAUUAUUAUUGUUGAUUAUUUUGUGCUAAAAAAUAAAUAAAGAGAACUCUUAC